UGAUUGUUGAUGUUGUGUUCACCGGCUCGAUGGCGCCUUCCGGCUUCCGCUUCCGCUUCGCUCCAAAACUUGUGAAAAGUUGGCAAGAACGAACCGAGAAGAACCAGAACCAGCUGGAAGUUUCAGACUUUCAGUUGCAGAUUAUGGCCUUCUAGCUUCCACUCUGUCAAUUACUCACCCAUGGAUCACGCCUCCUACCGCAGUCGCAGAACCACCACCAAAUCUGGGCUCUAUUCCACAGUUGUCAUCCAUUCCAAUUCUGAUUCCGACUCCGACAAGAAUCCCGACGAUCGGAACCUUCAGCAGCGACGGAGGCCGCCGGCCAAAGACCAAGACCUAUACGCUACAAURGUAUACAAGGACGUUGAUAAGGGCCGGGAGGACGAGGAGGAUGACGAUUCCUCUCUCCCUCCUCUCCUUAAACGUCUUCCUAAGGAUUUCGGUGGCGGAGCCCCAAUUGACUACGAGGACGACAGUGCUUUUGAUUUUGAUGAUGAUACUGAAGACUUUGGUACUAUGAUCGUUAAGACGGAUAGAAAUCGUCCUCGAGACCGCUCUGCGUCGUCUUCGGUUUCAACGAGGCCUCGAGCCUCGCAGUUACCGUUCGUGAAUUUUCAGCCGGGGAGCCCUGGGAAGAGAGCAGGUGGUGAUGGUGUUAGUGAACAAGGCGACGAGAGCGAGGAAGGUGAUGGUGAUGGAUAUUCGACGUUUGUGGUGAGGCCCACGGCGAGGUCGCGGAACAGAGAAUCUAUUAGUGGGACUGUUGUUCGAAGGACCGUUGGUAGUCGUAUUGAUACCAGAGAUGGGGGCGGAGGACUUGAGGGGUCCACGAUGGGAAGAGCGGUGGCGAGUAUGCAAGGAAUGGGAGAGUUAGGGUUUGGGAAGCCGAGGAAGGGGAAUGGAUCGCCGAGGAGUGAGGAGGGCGGUGGCCGGCUGCGGAGUAAGGAGGUAUCCUCGAGUUCRAUUCCUGAAAGCAUUACCAGGGAAGAUCCAAAUUCUAAGUAUGAAUUGCUCAACGAACUUGGAAAGGGAUCUUAUGGGGCUGUAUAUAAAGCCAGGGAUAUUAAAACCUCUGAGCUGGUUGCUAUCAAGGUCAUAUCUUUGUCUGAAGGGGAGGAAGGAUAUGAAGAAAUUCGUGGUGAAAUUGAGAUGUUGCAGCAAUGCAGCCAUCCAAAUGUUGUCCGCUAUCUUGGGAGCUAUCAAGGAGAGGAGUAUCUCUGGAUAGUAAUGGAGUACUGUGGGGGUGGCAGUGUUGCUGACUUGAUGAACGUUACUGAGGAACCUUUAGAGGAAUAUCAAAUAGCAUAUAUCUGCAGGGAGGCAUUGAAGGGCCUUACUUAUCUUCACACAAUAUUCAAAGUUCAUAGAGAUAUCAAGGGCGGUAAUAUAUUGUUAACCGAGCAAGGUGAUGUCAAGUUGGGAGACUUUGGAGUUGCAGCACAGCUUACUAGGACCAUGUCAAAGCGCAAUACAUUCAUCGGUACUCCACAUUGGAUGGCUCCGGAGGUUAUUCAGGAAAGUCGAUAUGAUGGGAAGGUGGAUGUGUGGGCUCUUGGUGUUUCUGCUAUUGAAAUGGCUGAGGGCCUUCCUCCAAGAUCAGCAGUGCAUCCAAUGAGGGUUUUAUUCAUGAUAUCUAUUGAGCCAGCUCCAAUGCUUGAAGACAAAGAAAAAUGGUCCUUGGUGUUCCAUGAUUUUGUUGCAAAAUGUCUGACAAAGGAUCCCCGUUCACGACCUGCUGCUUCUGAGAUGUUGAAGCACAAAUUCAUUGAGAAAUGCAGAUGCGGGGCAUCAGCAAUGUUGCCCAAGAUUGAAAAGGCUAGGAAAAUCAGGACUUUAAUGGCUCAGCAAGCACAUACUAUUGCUCCAGAUGCAUCAGGAGAUGGUACAAUAGUAGCUGCAAAGUUGAAUCAAGAUUAUGGCGAUACUGUUCCUUCAAAGCCUCAGAAUAUUGGAAUACCGGUGGGAAACGAAAUUCCAGCUGGUGGCACUUUGAGGAAGCAAGAGCUCUCAGGUGUGGGACUUGUAGCGGAAGGUACUUUUGGCACUGUAAUAGUCCAUGAUGGAGACGAGAAUGAUAAGGUGGUUUCCCAACUGAAUAUUGGCAAUGCUGAACCACCAACUACUUCUAUACGUGACGAGAACUUAUCCGUUGGUGGAGUCAAAUUUGUUGGCUCUAGUGUGGAUCAUACGGGAGGUAUUGUAAGUAAUAUUCUUGAUGGAAAAUCGGAUCCCACCAUGCAUGCAUCUUCACCGUCAUUUUUGGAUAUUCAUAGCACAUUGAAGAGUGAAACUGUCAGCCGGAAAUCUUUUGCUCUGCAGGACAAGCUUUGGUCCAUUUAUGCAGCGGGUAAUACCGUACCCAUUCCGUUCUUGAGGGCUACUGAUAUAUCCCCUAUUGCUUUGUUAUCGGACAAUGUCCUUGGAGGCAUGCAGCAACAAUAUAAUAGGGGAACUGUAGAGGUGGAGACAAUUCAGGAACUUUUCACUGGCGAUGGACAAUCAAGAAAGGGUCGUAGGGGACAAAAUGAGAUGCCCCUUCCUCCCAGUGUUUAUCAAAGACUUACUUCAAGUCCCACACUGUUGAACCUUGCCCAGGCUUUAGCUUACCACAGAAUGUGUUACGAAGAUAUGCCGCUCCAGGAGUUGCAGGCGACACAAGAACAACAAACCAUUCAAAAUCUUUGCGAUACACUUAGAACUAUCCUCCGAUUGUAGAUAAAGGGUGAUGCCAUUCUGCUCUCCUGCGCUUUUGUUAUUGUUUGCUUUCCUCCCACUCCAACUUGGCUCCAGGAAGCGAAAGUUAGUUUUUAUCUUUUGCAUCCUUCAAAAUGUAUUCAAACUCUCUGUUUUUGAUAUGCAUUUGCAUGAAAAUAGUCGAGUGAUUAUGCUUUCUUGUGUUGUCAUUUUGUUUAUUCUUAUAAAAAUUACUACUGCAGUUUUUUGGUUGGUUA